GACUGCUGGGAAAGUGUCGAGGAGCACGCCAUUUUUGUUUAAGAGGCAAAAGAAACAAACAUCUUGGGUUGUUGUUAGUUUCAGCCACAGGACACGAUGGCGAGUCCGAGAAGAGAAAACUACCGGAUGAAGAGUUACAAGAACAAAGCCCUGAAUCCUCAGGAGAUGCGUCGAAGAAGAGAGGAGGAGGGAGUUCAGCUUCGUAAACAGAAAAGAGAAGAGCAGCUCUUCAAAAGGAGGAAUGUUUCUGUGGCUUCAGCUGAAGACUCCAUGCUGGACGGCCCCAUCCAGGACCCGGACAUCAGCUCCACGGUACCUGUCACAGGUGAAGUGGUCAUAACAGCAGACAUGCUUCAGAUGAUCUUCUCUGAGGACGCAGAUCAGCAGCUGAUCGCUACGCAGAAGUUCAGGAAGUUACUCUCCAAAGAGCCCAACCCUCCAAUCGAUGAGGUCAUUUCCUCUCCUGGUGUUGUUCCUCGUUUCGUCGAGUUCCUGAAGAGGAAGGAGAACUCCACGCUGCAGUUCGAAGCAGCCUGGGCUCUGACCAACAUCGCCUCUGGAACCUUCCUGCACACCAAGGUUGUGAUCGAAACCGGAGCCGUGCCCAUUUUCAUCGAGCUUCUGAGUUCUGAGUACGAGGACGUCCAGGAGCAG